CAUGGAAGAACUUAUUAAGUUUAUUGCUGUGCGAAUUCGCCGCUGUGACUUCCUUCGCAACAGCGCAAGAAAAUGCUUGCAAAUUAACCAAGGAUGUUGAAAAGAGACAUUGUUCCUUUUACUUGCGUGGGCUCACAAAAACAGGAAGUGUCCUAGGACCAUGAUAAUCACCUUCCGGUUGUCGUGUUGCCUUGGAAACGGAAUGCGCCAGUUACAUAACAUUUGUGGUGCUAAUCUCUUUUCGGCAUAAUGAAUCCUGAAAAUUGUGAGGGAACUUUGGCAGUGCCUCUAGGAAAAGCACUAAACUCCAUCCAGUGUAUCAGAGACCGAGUAAGAGAUGGAGAAUCAAGUGAUCAUGGUGGAGCAUUCAAUUUCUCCUUGAUCUGGGAAAGUUUGAACCAGGCACUGGAGGCAAUGUCUCAGGAUAUGACAAACCUGAACCUGGCCUCCUCAAAACCCCCGCAGCCAUCUUUACAAGAUGGAGAAAAACUGGUAGUGUCUGUUUUGAACAGCAUACAGGCUCUGAGUGAAGUUUAUGACCGCCUUCACAAAAGCCAAGGGGUGACGCUACGGCGACAGGUCAGGGAUGCUACUGUGGAGGUCCUGGAUGGCGUUUUACAGCUGGUGGAGGUCAUAAUCAGCUCACCACUGCAAAGCCUGACCCAGGAGCAGAUCACGUCCACUAGAGGAGUUUGGUCUGCUUGUGAUCGCUUUGCUCGGCUACCAAAAGGUAAGCAGAAACAAAUAAGGCAAAACUCAGCUGAUCAAAAUGUUGAUCAGCUUCAUUAGCAAUUGUCAAACAAAGUCGCCGGA